GCAAACUUCUUUGUGGUUUUUCUUUCUCCUCUUCUUCCUCUUCAUUGAGCUGCCGCCGCCGUUUCCUCCUGAACUUAUUGAACUCUUCUCGCUUUCGUCGUUUCUUUACGACUGCGAGAACUUCGGAGGAGAAACUUACGGCAGGCUAAUCUAGGCGACGGCGAGUUCAAUAUCUGGACUAACCAUUGGUGAUCACUUUUGAAGUAAGGUGGAUUCGAAGUUCUGACGCAUAUUCAUCAUGCAGAGUUGGGGAAUUAACUCUGCUAUUAAGCUGCUUACAUACUCAAAUGAGCUUUCGGGUGGACAAGCUCUCUAUGCUUCUUCCAAUUGUCAUCCUGUGAAGGCUUUAAACCGUGAACCUGCUGGUCAUGCCUUCCAUGCUGCUGCUCUCAAAUUGCGUGGAUGUGCAAAGGAAGCCACAGGCAAGAAUGAAGAUACUGAUAAGAAAGUCCCAAAGGAGAAGGAUAAUGAAUUUAUUCCUUCCUAUGACUCGCAUAACAACAAAGGAAAGAAGAAGUCGGGGAAGCAACAACAUGAUCACUAUGCUUUGUUGGGUUUGGGCAAUCUAAGAUAUCUUGCAACAGAGGAUCAGAUUAGAAAAAGCUAUCGUGAAGCUGCACUGAAGCAUCACCCUGAUAAACUUGCUACUCUACUUCUUGCCGAGGAGACAGAAGAAGCAAAACAAGCCAAAAAAGAUGAGAUUGAAUCUCACUUCAAGUUGAUUCAAGAAGCAUAUGAGAUUUUGAUGGACCCAUUAAAAAGAAGAAUAUUUGACUCUACAGAUGAGUUUGAUGACGAAGUCCCAACUGAUUGUGCUCCGCAAGACUUCUUCAAGGUUUUUGGUCCAGCUUUUAAGAGAAAUGCAAGGUGGUCGAGUGCUUCACAUGUACCAGAUUUGGGAGAUGAAAAUACACCACUUAAAGAGGUUGAUAGGUUCUACAGUUACUGGUACGGUUUUAAAAGCUGGAGAGAGUUUCCUGAAGAAGAGGAGCAUGAUAUUGAGCAAGCAGAAUCCCGUGAAGAAAAGAGGUGGAUGGAGAGAGAGAAUGCAAAAAAAUCUAAUAAGGCUAGAAAGGAGGAACAUGCUCGGAUUAGGAUUCUUGUUGACAAUGCACACAAAAAAGACAUAAGGAUAUUGAAGAGAAAGGAGGAAGAGAAGGCCAUGAAGCUGCAGAUGAAGGAAGCAAAAGUUAUGGCCAAAAAGAAGCUGGAAGAAGAGGCUGCUGCAGCUAUUGAAGAAGAGAAAAGGCGAAAAGAAGAAGAAGCAAAACGUGCAGCAGAGGCUGCUCAGCUGCACAAGAGAGCCAAGGAAAAAAAUAAGAAGCUUCUGCAGAAAGAACGAAGUCGGCUCAGAGCUCUCUCCGCGCCGGUUCUGUCCCAGAAACUGCUUGGUAUCUCUGUUGAUCAUGUAGAAGAUCUAUGCAUGUCACUUAACACUGAGCAGUUGCGAAAGCUGUGUGACAAGAUGAAAAACAAGGAAGGACUGGCUUUGGCAAAAGUGCUCAAGAAUGGGAACAGCAUUGAUGAUGAUGAAACAGAGAGUAAAGAAGAAGAAGUUCAAGUAGCUGUUAAGCAGAAUGGUCAUAUAGAAGCCAAAGUAGAAACCAAUGGUCAUGUAGAAGCCAGAGUAGAAACAAAUGGUCAUGUAGAAGCCAGAGUAGAUACUGCUACUCAUCAGAAGAAAGAGAAAUCAUGGAGCAAGGAAGAGAUUGACAUGCUGAGAAAAGGAAUAACCAAGUUCCCAAAAGGUACGUCUCAAAGAUGGGAAGUCAUAUCAGAGUACAUAGGUACUGGAAGAUCCGUGGACGAAAUUCUCAAGGCAACUAAAACAGUACUUCUCCAUAAACCUGACUCGGCUAAAGCAUUUGAUUCUUUUUUGGAGAAGAGGAAACCCGCUGCUUCAAUUGCCUCUCCUCUCUCUACACGAGAGGAACUCGGAGAACCUAUUAUUGUGACCAAACCUCAUGCAGAAGACAACUCAACCAAAACAGAGACCACAGAAAAGAAUGGUAAGGGUGAAGAGAACAAUUCCGAACAAGAUGCUGCUGCUGUUUCAGACCCAGAAGGUUGGUCUGCUGUGCAAGAAAGAGCUCUGAUUCAGGCUUUCAAGACAUUUCCAAAGGAGACAAACCAAAGAUGGGAGAGAAUAGCAACAGCUGUUCCAGGGAAAACGAUGAACCAAUGCAAGAAGAAGUUUGCUGAGCUUAAGGACAUCAUCAGAACCAAGAAACCCACAGCCUAACUUAUCCGAACCCCUCAAGCUGCAUGCUCUGAGAUUUUGUUUUGACAGGGAAGAGCGCAGACUCAAUUUUUGUUACAAUUCAUAUUUCAUAUACAUCAUCAUGCUACUAUUAUUCUACAUAGAGGCUUUGACAACCGAAUCUAUUCGUAUUUAUCUAUUUUGUUCUAAUUUUAUAUAUGCCGUCUCCGUCUUUGAUCUAA